GAAUGAAAAUAACAUAUUUUAAAAAUACAUUUUGGGUAUCCAAGCAACUACGUCAAUUUCUGAUUAAUUUGAUAUGCGUGUUGAGAGUUAAGAAGAUGCGGUCGAAAAUUUUAUCACUUCAAAAGCAAUUUACCAGCGUUUUCAGAAGAAAGUACUGUAAUGAAAUGCGCCGUGACGCCCACAUGAAUGAGUUGCCUGUGCCCUGUUUGCCAUGGCAGCCUUGGUAUACGGCGAGGCAGAAUUGGUAUAACAGGUUUUUAGCGAUGUCUAUAGCAUGGUGGUUAUUUUCGUUUGGUAUGGCGUUAUACACGGACAGCAUCUACCUGAACUGGGGUCCACCGGGACAGCCGGGCCCGCCCAGCGAUAUGGUGGACGAGUGUGUCGAGGCCGACUAACUAUUACAAUAAAGUAUUAGUCUCUAA